GCACGGUUAUUGCUGGCUGCUUGGGCUUGCGUAGGGCGCAAGGGGCCCUAAGGAACGUAACAGGCAUACGCAGUAGCCACAUCGAUACGGCGCCACGGCGUAGCGGGACCGACAUGGCCCAAUGCGUCGUCUGCUCGGAAGACAUCGACUUAGCCGCAGCCAAGUCUUUUCCGUGCUGCGACGCGCUCUACUGCGACGCGUGCCACGAGGAGACGGCGGAGGGCGGCACCUGCGGCGAGUGCUUCGCGGACCUCACUGCGGCGGCCGCGCCACCGCCGCCGCCCGCCGACAGCACGCCGCAGCUCGCGCCAGCGAUGCGUCCGGUGACGCCGACGGUAUUCGCCGUCGCCCCGAAGCCAACACUGGUAGCUCUCGGCACGCCGUCCGAUUGUGGUACGCCGAACCCACGCGUAUCAGGCACGCCCGCGCACGAGCGCCUCGCGGGCGACCUGCGCCGCGUCGUGCUCCGGAAAGUGGACGGCAACUCGCCGCGGUCCUCGCCGCCACCCGUACCGUCGCCCAAGAUCGUCACCGCGUUGCAGUCGGGGGCGCUAAGGCCGACGGGCAGCGACGCGACGCCGCGGACUGCGACGGUGAAACGCUUCAACGACGCGGAGAAGGCGCUUCAACGAGCGCGCGAGACGGCCGCGGCCGCCCAGGCGGUGCAGGAGGCUGCUGUUAAGGAGACCGCGGCGCGGCGACAGGCGGCGGAACGGGCGGCGGCCGCGCGCUCGAGAAAUGAAGCGCGCAUGCCGCCCCGCCGCUCGACGUCGCCGCGCGCCCGGGCCCCGAGCGCCAAAUCGCCGCGGCGCCGCUCGAAGUCGCCGCGGCGGUCGUCGGUAGACCUCGAGGCGGGCCCGACCGUGGUGAAGCUGAAGACGGCCGUGGCCGAACUGUCCGAGGCGAACCGCAAGCGGACCACGGGCCCGAGGCCGCGGCGGUCGCUCUCGCGGCGCCUCGCCGUACUGCUCGCGGGGUUGUUGUUCUUCGGCGCCGCGUCGUUCUACACCGCCGCGAGCGUCCUCGAGGCGCCCUCGAAUCGGAGCGCCGUGCCGCCGCCGCGCAAGCGCACGUCGCGGCGCUACUUGGGGACGAACUCCUCAAAAAAGAAGCGGCUGCGGGGCGCCGCUUAAUGUCACACA